AUGCAUAUCUGGGUCGCAACGCUUGACGAAACCAUUCCAGAUGCCUGGAAAGAGGUCUACGAACGAGGGCUCAGACUCGUCGAUCCCGCUACGAGAGAUCGCCUGAACAAGUUCUACCACAAGCGAGACAGCUUCCGUGGAUUGGUAGGAUGCCUGCUACCACGGAUGCUAUUGAAGGAAAGGGGGGUGCCUCUUGAUGAGAUGGCCUUCGGGAGGACGCAGUCCGGCAAGCCCUUCAUCGCGAGUGUCACAAGCUCGUACUCGCUGACGCUGUUUGCUGACGGCGGGGUGGUAGCAAUGGCCUGGUCUAGCGCGGAGGACCUUCAGGGACCCCCGGCGUACAGACUCGGGAUAGACGUGAUGAAAGUGCAACUGCCCGAGCGCGAAACCUUUGCCAAUUUCCUGGACGCAUUCAGCGACCAACUCACACCACUGGAACACCGCUCCCUUCUCCCGUCUGCCUCGGAGCCAUCCCUCCCCGAGUCGGAAGCCCUUUAUCGCUUCUAUCUCAUCUGGACGUUGAAGGAAGCGUAUACAAAGGCUCUGGGCCUAGGACUGGGGUUCGAGUUCAAGCGCAUCGAAUACGACAUCCACGGGGAGACGGUCCGCAUCGACGGAGCGUUGACGCGGGAGUGGAAGUUUGUCCGCUUCGAGAUACCGCAUUGCCUUCGGAGCGGGAGAGAGGAUACAUACGUCGGGGUAGCAGCUCUGUCGCACAGAGAGCAAGCUCGCCAAGAUGAGGACUGCCGGGUGGAAUGGCGGGAUCCCGGUGCUUGGCUUGACUGCCACGAUGCUGUCGAGUUCGUGGAGAGAGCAUUGCAUGAAUUGGCAUAA